AUGCCUUCCAUGAAAUCCAGCACCAUCCGCAUCCCCCGCUCAAAGCUACAAGCUCGAAAUCCCCGCAUCCCAACCGUACACCGUUCUCUCACUGCCACAGCCAAGAAUGCAACAUCCAUCGAACGCAGACAACAGCCCACCCAUACAUCUCCAUUAAUCCUACCACAAGCAUCACACACUCAAUCUCGCCCACCAAAUGCGCCACCAACCUCUCCAUCCCACUCAGACUUCGACACCCUCCUCAAUGCCCUAACAGGCCACCUAACCACAACACCCAAACCCCACCUCCCAACCCUCCAGUCUCUCCUCCGAUCCUACACCUCUCCAUCUUCCUCCUCCUCAAACGCCUCCCGCCACCCCCCAUCUUGGUCCCAAUACGCACACGCCAACCCCUCAAAACAAUACACCCGUAACCUCAUCACCUCCGUCCCCGGCAUCUUCAACCUACUCCUCCUAGUCUGGACGCCAGGCAUGCGCAGCCCGAUCCACGAUCAUGCUGACUCACAUUGUCUGAUGAAGGUGCUAAGAGGGACUUUAAGGGAGAGGAGGUUUGAGUUUCCUGUGGGGGAGGGGGGUGGUGGGGUGGUGGGUGGGAGGGAGGAGGGAUUGAAAGAGAUUGCCAGAUUGGAUUUCGCAGAGAAUAAAGUCGCGUAUAUUUCGGACAAGAUUGGAUUGCAUGAGAUUAUGAACCCAAGUGAGAGGGAGUAUGCGGUUUCCCUGCAACUCUACACACCGCCCAACGCAGCUACAUACGGCUGCCAUGUUUAUGAUCCCAUCACCGGGGAAUCGAAGCAUGUCAUGCAGUGUGCUUAUGAUUCUGUGAGAGGUGUGGUUGGUGGUGUGGAGUAA